AUGGCUGUCAACAUCACGAAUUUCGUGAAUGGCUCCCCGAAAAGAACAGUCGAGGUCAGAGCAGCUCCGGGAUCUAUAGACUCUUCCGAGAUUUGGGCUUGGACUGACUUCAUGGGUAAGCUUAUGUUAUGGCCCUCGACGCCUGAUAUCGAUCACAAAACUUUUAUCUUGAAAGUUUGGGCUAACCCUGAUAGCACUAUACUCGACCUGAUCAAGCAGAUUGGCGCUUCGCAAAGUACUUUCGACUACUACCGCGAUCGUCUGUCUGCUGACUGGACUGUUCGUCGCCACGCUCGCCUGACUUCCAACAUUGACAAGAACGACCCUUUCAAACCCUUCCUCCUCGCUAUCGAACGCAAUCGUCUGGAUGACUAUCGUAUCGAAGCUGUCGACUCUAAAAUCACUCAAAAACUGGAAGGCGGUUACUACGGUCAAAUCUCCGACGCACUUUUUCGAACUCUUUCUCCCGAGAUUCAAAACCACCCCGACAACUUCUUGAACAAGCACACUUGUGACUAUAAACUCUUUGCUGACAAGGUUAUCGCAGAUGCUGCCGACGUCAUUAGCUCCCCUGAACCCUCCAACCCAUGGAACAACGAGUCUGCUCAGGCACCUGUCUGGUCCCCUGAAAGCUUCAACGCAUAUCUCCUCUCCGAUGUUGAGGACCCCUUCACUAAUAUUUCUGAUUACUCAACUCCUGCAGGAACUUCCAGAUUCCCCAGGACUGUUGACGGCUCGGAUGUACUUGCAGACGGUUCUGAUGAUUCUGAUGAGUUUCCUUUUCGUAUUAUGGAUGACGACAACAAGACUUUUGCUGUUCCUGCUCCUCCUGGUGGGUUCUCUGGUUCUCGCCCUGGAUCUCCUGAAUAG